GUGGAUGUCCUAUCCCUGGAUGCAUUCGAGGCCAGGCUGGAUGUGUCUCAGGGCAGCCUGGUGUGGUGGAUGGUGACCCUGCGCAUAGCAGGAGGGUAGAAACUAGAUGGUCAUUGAGGACCUUUUCAACCCAGGCCAUUCUAUGUUUUUGUGAAUACCUUGAGAUCUUCACUGUAGCACAUCACCUUAGAGAAGCUCACAAAGCUCCAAACGAACCCUGGGUCUCUUACAGAAGACCUGUGUCAGCAAGGUGUCUUGACAUGAAGCUGAGUGGGAUCUCUGUAGAGGUGUGAAAUUGAGAGCCAUCCCUGACUGUGGGGAGAUCCUGUCGUGCAGCCCUGGCUGUGCAGGAGAGCUCAAGGGGCGCUUGGGCUGCUCCCUGUUUAGGGGUAAGAUGACUGCCUCCUUGCUAUGCAUUGUCUUUAGGCACACAGUCCAUGUACCCUCAGCUGUUGAACGUGGUGUCAGUUCUUUGUGCCACCCAGUUGGAGUCAGCUUUGUGAUUUGUAAUCAGCUUCAGGCAGAGCGUUACCAGUGCUGUUGCUGCUUGUGUUCCUGUGCAAGGCCUGCUGUGCCAUCCCCCAGGCAGUGCCCUGCAGAUGGGCUGUGGAGGGCUGGGCUGGGACAGGGACUGCUGCGUUCCCUCACAGCUCCCCUGCCAUUUCUCUUGUCCCUGCAGGCUCCAGUUCAACUCUGCCUUCUAGCCGUGAUCAUCUCAGGUGCAGGAGAGCAGCAGAUGGCCACAGCACAUGCAUCUCAGGAGCCCGUGAGCUUUGCGGAGGUGGCCGUGUCUUUCAGCAGGGAGGAGUGGGCACUGCUGGACUCUGCGCAGCGAGCGCUGUACCAGGACGUGAUGCUGGAGACGUACCAGUGCGUGGCCUCGCUGGCUCCACUUCCAGCUCCCAAACCCAUGGUGAUAUCCCUGCUUGAAGGAGGGAAAGAGCCCUGGAUCCCAGAUGUGUGUAGCCCUGAGGCCGUGCCAGGAGACCUCAGCCCAGCAGGAACUGGGAUUGCAGAUGUACUGGAGGACCUGGAGGAAAGUGGUGUGGCCGAAAGGCGGUGGGGUGGUGUCUGUGUGGAAGAAAUCAGAAGUGAUGUCCAAGGAGGCCUGGAGCAAGGUCAGGGUGAGCAGAUCAUGGAGCCACUGGGAAAGGGUCUGGGAAAGAUAGGGAGGAGCCUGUUGGACUUCAACAUAGGUCAAAAGGAGCCUGAGGAACCCAGGAGCAAGAAUGUGUGCCAGCAGAAAAAGCAGAAUCCAUGCACUGAGUGUGGAAACAGCUUUGAGGAAGAUUCCAGCAUCAUUAACCACCAGUGCAUGCGCUCAGCAAUGAGUGCAAACAAGUGCUCUGAUUGUGGGAAGAGCUUCAGAUGGAGAUCCCACCUCAUUGUCCACCAGCGUGUCCACACAGGAGAGAGACCCUACAGGUGCUCUGAGUGUGGGAAGAGCUUUACAAGCCAUUCUGGUUUAAUGAGGCACCAGCGGAUCCACACAGGGGAGAGACCUUACAACUGUCCUGAGUGUGAGAAGAGCUUUAUGAGAAGUUGUUCUUUGAAGUUGCACCUCCGCAUCCACACAGGUGAAAAACCGUACAAGUGCUCUGAGUGUGGGAAGAGCUUCACAAUGAGUUCUGAUUUAAAGAUACACCAGCGCAUCCAUACAGGGGAGAGACCUUACCAAUGUCCUGAGUGUGAGAAGAGCUUCAAAAGCAGUUCUGAAUUGAAAUGCCACCAUCGCAUCCACACAGAUGAAAAACCCUACAAGUGCUCUGAGUGUGGGAGGAGCUUCAAAAGCACUUCCCACCUAACUUACCACCAGCGCUUUCACACAGGGGAGAGACCCUAUAAGUGUCCUGAGUGUGCAAAAAGCUUCAAAAGCAGUUCUGAAUUGAAACGCCACCAGCGCAUCCACACAGGAGAAAGACCCUAUAAGUGUCCCGAGUGCGGGAAGAGCUUCAGAAGGAAUUCUGAAUUGAAGAGCCAUCAGCACAUGCACACUGGGGAGAGACCCUUCAAGUGUCCUGAGUGUGAGAAAAGCUUCAAACGCAGGUCUAAUCUCAACACCCACAAGCACAUCCACAGCGCACAGAGGCUGUAAAACAUCCCCAGCAUACAGGGAACCUUCAAAAGCAGUUCCAGCCUCAUUACCUACCAACACAGCCACACAAGAUACAGAGCCUGCAGAGCACCUGUCAGUGGUUUAUGGGCUGGUUUGGCCCAGUUCCGUGACCAGCGGGUGGAGGGAUUUCGCAAAAUCUGUGCCUCUGGAAAAAAGGGAAACGGGACCCCAAAAAAAUUAAAAACAGUGGGAACGACCUGAGGAGAAACAAACUGAGGUACCAGAGUGUCUGCACUUGGAUGGAGUCCAAUCCGUGCCUGCACCAGUGAGUUCACGUGGCAGGAAGCCUUAGAAAUGCCUCAAGUGUGAGAAGGGCUUUGUGCAGAGUGCAGAGCUCCUCACUCACAGGAGAUGGCACUCGUGGAAGAAGUGCUACAAAUGUCCCAUGUGUGGGCAGAGCUUUUGCCAGGGGAUCCACUCAGUGCAGAGACCCUAGAAAUGCCUGCACUGCAGGAAGAGCUUCAUCCUGAGCUCAGUCGUCAUUAAACAUUGUCCAGUCCGUGUGAUAAAGUGGCCCUGCAAGUGUCUCUGGUGCAGGAAAUUUCCCUCUGAGCUGGCACCUGCUUUCUCAUGGGGAAACCCCCUACAGAGAGACCUUACGAAUGUUGGUGAGCCCAAGGAUGGGGGAGACCCCAAUGAUUCUCCCCACACAGGAGGAGUUUGCAAAGGAGAUGGCAUCACUGGCACCCUCUGCAGAAUGGAUUUAACCCAGGAGCUUCCGAUGGGCCUCUCUUUGCUACCCAAAUCCUGUUUUCCUCUUCUGCUCUUACUGCCAGCAGCUUUUUGAUGCCGUUUCCUAAGGAGAGGUGUCUGUGUGGGGAUGUUCUGUGUGUCUGUGUGCAUGUGUUGCUCUCAGUAAUUUGUGAGUGUGCUGAUGAAUCUGAGGGAAGGGUCAGGAGAGCAGUAACG